AUGAUCCCACUCUACGUGUAUGUCAUUUUUAGCCUCGUGAUGCCGGUUCUGUUUCUGUUGGAUUAUGCAAGUGUGUACCACGAGUACUUUACGACCGUAGUUGAGCUGACGAACUCACCCGUGUUCCGCCUGCUGUGUGUAAAUGGCUUUGUCGCAGCCACACUCGUGUUGUGGCUCAUCGCAUGCAAGAUAUUCUUUGGGAAAUUGGCCCACGCUGAGAAAGAUGUAGUGUGGAAAAUGUUCCCCUUGUACAUCACAGAGUGCGUCGUCCGGCCCUUUUACUUUGGCGUCUCUAUCUUCAGCACUGUCGGCGCGGUCUCGCUACUCACAGUGGUGUCGGGGCUGCUGCACAAGCUUGCACAAGAGCGCGUCACAACGCUUCACAUUGUCGAGAACCCAAUGCUGCGGCUGCGUAUGCUUCUCGGGUUGAUGUUGUUUUUCGUGCUGGCAAUGCCAUUGGACCUCUACAUUGUGUUCGAUGUACUGUUGGAGACGUCAUGGCACAGCGAGGCCUUUAUGAAUCUGUACUACUGCACCGCCGUGUUGUACCUGCAGUUUGCCCUUUCCAACGUAAAGUUUGUAGUACGACUUCUUUUUGCGGAGGUGAUUGGCGAGGCGAACCACAGUGGGCUCGCGUUCUACAUGGAGUUGUCCUUCUCCCUCCUCAAAAGCUUCAUUUUCUUCGUCUCCUUCGCGUACGUAUGCGCCGUGUCACGGCUGCCGUUGCCACUCUUGCGGGUGCUCUUUCACCACAUCGCUGCCUCCAUUGGGAGGGUCCGAAGCCUUGUGCGCUACAGGACGCUGACAAAGUUUGUGAAUGCCAUUCAAAAUGCAACCGCGGAGGAUAUCGCCCGCGACACACGUUGCGUCAUCUGCUACGAUGAUAUGACGCCACAGCAAAACUGUAAGCAGCUCCCGUGCGGACACUGCUAUCAUGAGGCGUGUCUGCGGCGGUGGUUNGCUACGAUGAUAUGA